CUCCAGAGGUACGAAGCGAAGGUUGCGAGGCUUCGAACCUCCGGGACUGGUGCAGCCGCCGCCGCCGCCGCCGCCAGAAGGAGAUGGAGCCCCCGUUGCUGAAUGACACAGAAGAAAUAGCUGCUUUGUACCGUGAGCUUAGCCAGUUUCCAUCUCUUUCCGGUGCCUGUAUUGGGCCUGAGGUAACAACUCAGUAUGGUGGCAAAUACUGCAACGUUUACACAGAGUGGUCUCAGCGGGACUUGGAAAGAGCUGAAAAUGUGAAUUUUUGCCGACAAUACCUCAUCUUCCAUGACAGCCAGUCCAUCGUGUAUUCGAGCGCUUCUGGCAAUUGCACUGAAAUCAAAGGAGAGUUGCUCAGUCGGGACUCUCCUAGCGGAGAACAGAAAGCUGUUCUGCGGAAGACGAGCAACAGCAAAGGCGAGGAAAAACAGUUCCUCGAGGUUUGGGAAAAGAACCGCAAGGCGAAGAGCAUCGAGUUGACGGCUUUAGAGAAGCAUGGCAAAGUAUAUGAGGAUGACCAAUUUGGCUGCUUGGCCUGGUCACACUCAGAGACUCACCUUCUCUAUGUGGCAGAGAAGAAGCGUCCCAAGGCAGAGUCUUUCUUUAAGCCCAAAGCCCCUGAGUUGAGCAGUGAAGAGGAACUCACCAAGGCAGAGCAACGAGACAAAGCCAUUAAGGGGGAGCAGUUUGUGUUCUAUGAAGACUGGGGGGAGACCCUGGUGUCUAAGAGCGUCCCUGUGCUGUGUGUAUUGGACAUUGAGAGCAACAAUGUUUCUGUGCUGGAGGGUGUUCCAGAGCACAUCUCACCUGGGCAGGCCUUCUGGACUCCAGGCGACACAGGAGUGGUGUUCACAGGCUGGUGGCAUGAGCCCUUCCGUCUAGGGUUGAAGCACUGCACCAAUCGCAGAUCAGCUCUCUUCUAUGUGGAUCUGACAGGCGGUCGUUGUGAACUGUUGACAGAUGACACCAAGGCCAUUUGGUCUCCGCGCUUGAGUCCAGACCAAUGUCGCAUUGUGUACCUGGAGAACAAGGCUUCUGGGCCGCAUCUACAGUGCAGCCGCCUCUGCAUGUAUGACUGGUACACUAAACUCACUUCAGUUGUAGUAGAGAUUGUCUCUCGGCAAAGCCAAGGUGAAUUCACUGGGAUCUAUAGCACGGCACUGCCCGAGCGCUGCUGGGCAGCAGACAGCCAAAGAGUUGUGCUGGACACAGCUCAGCGUAGUAGGCAGGAGCUGAUUGUGGUGGAUACAUUGUCAGGCAGCGUGUGUUCUCUCACCAAGGGUUCCCAACUUGGAAGCUGGGCACUGCUUACUGUUGAUCGAGAUCUGCUGGUAGCCAGAUUCUCCACUCCAAACUGUCCUCCCAUGCUUAUGGUGGCCUUCCUGCCUCCUGCUGGCAAGGAAGCUGAAGUAAACUGGGUGUGUCUGGAGGAAGCCAACCCAAUUCAAGGCAUCACUUGGGAUGUUCGUGCACUGCAGCCUCCUCCAGAACAGGACAACCACCAGUAUGCUGGCCUUGAUUUUGAAGCCAUCCUACUCCGGCCUGCUCAGAUGCCAGAGAAGACCAAGAUUCCAUUAGUGGUGUCACCUCAUGGAGGCCCACACUCAGUGUUCACCACCAGCUGGGCACUGUACCCAGCAGUGCUCUGCCGAAUGGGGUUUGCUGUGCUGCUGGUGAAUUAUCGAGGAUCACUGGGCUUUGGCCAAGACAGUGUGGAGUCUUUACCAGGGAAUGUGGGCUGUCAGGAUGUCAAGGAUGUGCAGUUUUGUGUGGAGCAGAUGCUGCAGGAGGAACCUCUGGAUCCACAAAGAGUGGCCUUGCUUGGUGGCUCCCAUGGAGGCUUCCUAUCCUGCCAUCUCAUUGGCCAAUACCCUAGCACCUACAAGGCUUGCGUGGCCAGGAAUCCUGUGGUCAAUAUGGCCUCAAUGGUAGGAAGCACUGACAUCCCUGACUGGUGUCUGACUGAGGCUGGCUUACCCUAUGACCAUGCAGCUCUCCCAGAUUCUGGGCAAUGGACAGAUAUGCUGCUUCAUUCACCUAUACAGUAUGUUGAUAAGGUUCAGACACCUGUUCUCUUAAUGAUAGGAGAGGAAGAUCGACGUGUACCGCCCAAGCAAGGGUUGGAGUACUAUCAUGCUCUCAAGGCCAAGGGUGUUCCAACUCGGAUGCUGUGGUAUCCAGGCAAUAAUCAUGCACUAUCGGGUGUGGAGGCUGAGGCAGACGGUUUCAUGAAUAUUGCACUCUGGCUGAUCCAGCAUCUGAAAUGAUGUCAGCAGAAGUCGGGCUAUACCUAUUGUAAUCCACUUCCAUGUUAAGCAAAGUGGCUAGCUAACAACAAAUCAAGUCACUUCAAUUCCAAAUGCUGUGAGGACUGAUUACUUCAGUACCUUAGUUCAUGGUCUCUAAAGCUUGAAUAGGUACAUAAGGGCAACAGUGGCUGGUGUGUGUCCUUUAGGUUAAUUCAAUUGCAGCAGAAAUUUCCCUGACCUCAAGAGUUGUUUUUUGUUUGUUUCUUUGUUUUGCCAAAUCUUGCACUCUUAUCAGUAGUUCCAACCGAGCGGGUGGCUAUUCAGAAGUGUCAGAUGCUGGAGCCCUUAGAAGUGGCUCUAUUCAAUGUUAAUGGAAUUUCUGACUUUAGCACUCGUUUUGGGGGGCAGAAAUGAAAAGUCUGAGCCCCAAGGGUCCAAUUCAAAAGAUGAAUAAACACACUUGAUUAUCUAAGACUUAUCGGAAAGUAUAAUUACUUAGAUUGGAAAUAAUUGGUUUAUCACCUGCUGAAAUGCAAACUUCCUUGGCGAGUAUUGGAUAUUUUUGGUGGAGAGGAAAAGGUAGUGGUGUCAAUAACGUGUAGCUCAAAGAAAAACGUGAUUUACAAGGGCAAUUUCAUGAAUGCAAUGCAGUCUUAUAGUACAGGCUCAACUGACAGUUUAGGUAAUUCUUUAUUCUUCCUAACAAGCAUGUAGCUGUAGAUGUCACCAGGAGCGAAGUCCCAAUCUGGUCACAGUAUAUUUUGUGUCUCUUGCAUCAUGCUGUCUCAGGACUGAUUCCUGCUUGUCUCUCUGCUGCUUUUCACCCUCUCUUGCACUUACUCAAUACACUGUUCUCUCUAACACUUCAGCUAUCCCUUAUAUAAUAUAAUGGGAGCAGGUACUACAAGUGGUCCACCAUUUGAAUGAAGUAGGAAUUUAAGAACGUAAAAGCUUAGUUGCUGUUGGUUACAUAUAGACAAGACAAUCCCUGCCCAUAAGCUUACAGUCUAAAAAGUCAUGACACACAAGAGGGAAGAAGUGGAGGGGGUAAUAAUUUACCUUCUCUCCUUUGUGUACUUAGACCUAAUUUUCAAAUAGAAACCUAUUGACUCUAAGAAAACUGCAUGAUUAGAAACAAGGGCUAUUCAUCCAGAUUGGUGUUUCGUAAAUGUGCUAGAGGCCAGAAUGCCACCUAACCAGGUUUUGAAUUCAUGCUUAAAUGGAAGGUGCUAUGAAAUUUAUCAUUUCACUAUUCCUGGGAAUUUUUUGUUUCAACGGCUUAGGCUAGGUUAAAUUACAUUAUUUUAUCGUCAAAACUGUAUGAGGUAAAUUAGACUAUGAUUUAUCAAAGGCCAGUGAGCUGAGCAAGAAUUUAACCUGGAUCUUGUAUAUUCACAGUUAUGUUCCUUCACACUACAGUUUUUCCAGCUGUGCUAUAUGGGAAUAAUUGAUUGCACCCUUCAACCCCUCUAUGGACUGUAAUGAAAGUGCUGUAGCAAUGACAUUUCUCAAGACUUACUAAA